AGGAACUAAGAUUAUUUGGAGAAGGUUGGAGUUGGGAUUUGGCUGGGGCUCUAAGCAGCAGCUUUGUUUUCACCUUGUCUUUCUUAAGUAGUUUCCUGGAUAUAUUUGACCAAAAGAAGAGCCUCAGAGGAAGAUGGAAGUGGCUGUAACAGGAGUUCUGCUCCUUCUUUGGGUUCUCUUCAUCUUCAUUUUCUCAUCCUUAAAAAUGUACAAGAAGAAAAGCCAGCUACCUCCAGGACCCACUCCCUGGUUCUUCCUGGGGAACCUGCUGCAGAAAGAUGUCCUGCCUCUGAACAAAAACUAUUCAAAGCUCAUGGAUAAAUGGGGUCCUAUCUUUACUGUCUGGAUGGGUCCCAAGCCCAUGGUGGUACUCUGUGGAUAUGAAGUGGUGAAAGAUGCUCUCUUGGAUCAUGCUGAAGAAUUUGGUGGGCGUCCUGCCUUGCCCUUCUUUAAUGCAGUGAACCGUUAUAAAGGACUGAUCAGCACUUCUGAGAAAAAAUGGAGAGAGCUGCGCCGGUUCACACUCACCACCUUGCGAGAUUUUGGAAUGGGGAAGAAAACGAUGUCAAAGAGGGUGCAGGAGGAAGCUGUGUGUCUGGUGGAGGCAAUGGCAACCGCAAAAGGGCAGGUCUUUGAUCUAAGAAAAUACUUGAGAAUUGCUGUUUCUAAUGUCAUCAGUUCUGUUGUCUUUGGGAGUCGCUUUGACUACAAAGAUCAGGUCUUCCUGGAGAAGCUGCAUAUCAUGGAGGAUUUCGUGAGCUACCUUGUGAGUUAUAUGGGACAGAUUUAUAAUGUGUUCCCGAAAAUAAUGCCUUACCUGCCUGGACAGCACAAAAAGAUUUUUGGAGAUUUUGAAAAAAUGUAUGCUUUCAUCAAUGAGAAGGUGGAAUCCCACAGGGAGACCCUGGAUUAUCAGGACCCCCGUGACUAUAUCGACUGCUUCCUUAUGAAGUCAGAGAAGGAACAAACCAAUGCUGAGGCCAUCUACACCCAAGAGGAACUUAUCAUUUCUGUGCAGGAACUCUUUAUUGCUGGGUCAUUGUCCACAAGCGAAAUUUUGGCCCGUGCCCUCCUGGUGAUGGCUAGAUUGCCACACAUUCAAGAAAAAGUUCAACAGGAGAUCGAUGAUGUGGUAGGUGCCAACCGUAUCCCUGGCAUGGAAGAUAGGGUGAGGAUGCCCUACACCAAUGCUGUUGUCCAUGAGAUCCUACGAUAUCAAAAAGGGAGCCUUGAGAGCUUACCGCAUGAAACAACACGUCCUACAAAAUUCCGGGGCUAUCUUAUCCCUCAGGGCACGACCAUCUGUCCAGAUAAUACAUCUGUGCACUUUGAUCCUCUCCAAUGGGAGACUCCAGAAGAGUUUAACCCGGGUCAUUUCUUGGAUGAGAAGGGCCAGUUCCGGAACAGGGUUGCCUUCAUGCCUUUUUCUGCAGGAAAACGGGCAUGCCCUGGGGAAGCCCUGGCUCGGAUGGAGCUGUUCCUGAUCUUCAGUGCUUUGCUCCAGAACUUCACCUUCCAGCUGAUUGGAGAUGCCAAAGACAAGGAUAUAUUCACUUUGUAUGAGGACAGUGACCCGAAGACAAGAGACUUGCCAUUGAAAUUCAUUAGACGUUCAAUAUGAUCCAGUGACAGCAACUAAGCAGAGUAGAUGGUGCCAAUUCUUCUCAGAAUAUUUGAAGUAGGAAGAACAUGAUUACUGGCAGAUCUGAAUCAAACUUUGCUUAUAAAAACUAUAUAUUCCAAACUAUAGCUCACAUCAUGCCGCUGGGGCUGCUGGGAGUUGUAGUGCAACACUUGGAAAACCACAGCUGAGCCACUUCUACAUUAGAAGAAUCAAUCCAGAAAUAAGUAAUGAAAUAUACAGUAAAAAGGGCAAGAUGGAAAAGGGAGCAGAUGGAAUCUCCGUGUCAAGACCUUUGGGAGCAUGUUAGCCCAAUAACUUUCAAGUGAAGAAUGAGAUAUUACAUUUGUUAAAUUACUUGAAUUCUGUAAUAAACAUUUUCUAAUAAUA